AUGUUAAGACAAUUCACCACAGCUACUAUUACACGUAGCCUUGUAAAGGAGACUUGCUUCAAGGUUGCACCAGCAACCGGCGGUAUCACCAACUACAACAGAUCAUUCAGCACUAGUGCAGAGGUCACCGAAGAGGACAAGACAAUUGGCAAGCAUAUGUUUGCCGAUGUCAACGACCAAAGAGUAAAGAACUAUGUCAACGGUCUCAAGCUCGAAGACAAGACAGUUUUAAUCUACAAACCAUCGAGAAUAACAAUGCAAUCGGGUACUUUGCGUACUAGAAAGUGGAGAUUGGAACUCCCAGUCAACAACAAAUGGCAUGAUGGUUUGAUGGGCUGGUGGGCUUCUGCUGGUACCCUCAAUCAAAUUAACCUUACAUUCCCUGCUGAAGAAAGUGCUAUUGCUUAUUGUAAAGAAAAUGGAUUAAAUUAUGAAAUAUUAGAUGAAGACCAUACAACAAUGAAAAAGAAGAGAUAUGGUUACAGAUUUAUUUACCAAGGAGAUUUGGAUAAAGCACCAUCUGAAGAUGACAUUAAAUAA